GUAGACCGAAUUCAAUUUCAUAACAUUGAAUGCCAGCAUUUGUAAAAGUGAGAAUAAAAAAUGGAUCAAAUCAAGCUCAAUUCACUUCAACAACUUAUGGAGUUGUAUGAAGAAGAACUAUAUACAAAUGUUAGCAUAUUGGCACAAUUUUAUUUGUCAAAUCCUUCACACUUUCAUUUAAAUCAACAUGAAAUCUUUUGUGUUUAUGUUUUGAAUGGAAAUAGUUUAUGGGAAGUUAAGAAUUAUAGUGAAGCCCAGAAGCAGUAUGAAGCAGCAAUUCUUUUUAGGAGACAACUUUCAAAAGAACCAAAAUUUCCUCAAAGUUUGAUAGAAAUUUUCGAAAGAUUCUCAGAAAUUGAAUUGAAGUUUAAGAUUGCAAAAUGUAUGGUAGAAAACCAACAAUUCAAAGAAGCUGCUUCUAUUCUUCAAGCUAUUCCUCUCAAGCACCGACCACCAAAAAUAAAUAUGUUGCUGGUGAAAAUUCAACACGGAGAGUCGGGAACUGACAAACAUUUAAUUGCAAAUUACAAAGAAGUUUUAAGAAAAUUGCCUCUUGCUUUUGAGUGCAUAGAUGGUUUGAUAAACUUAGGAGUGAAAGGGACUGAAGUCAACUCUUUAAUUAUUGAUGUUUCUUCAACCGAAUGUUUUGAAUGGAUCCAUUCAUACAUUCGUGCUGCUUCAGAAAUGCACAAUCGAAAAUACGCAGAAUGUGUCAUGACACUUGUAACAAUCGAUUCUUUCAAAAGCAACUCUAAAAUUCUGGCUAUGAUGGGCGAAGCUUUUUAUUUCAGUGGUGACUAUGAGAGAGCCAACACAUAUCUGCGAAGAGCUUAUGAGAUUAAUCCUUUUAUGAAGCAUGGUAUUCAGAAAUAUGCAAUGCUUUGUGAUAUGUUUAAGAAGACUCGAGAUUUAGAGCAAAUUCUUAGGCCAUCAUCGACUCAUCCUUACGAGUACACGUCGGAAAAUUGGUUUGUUAUGGCACUUUAUCUUUACUCUUGUAUGAAAUAUGAGAAAGCCCAGUAUUUCAUUAAUCGUGUCAUCUUACAACAUCAACAUCGAAACGUUGACGCUUUAAUUCUCAACGCAAAAAUUCUUCAUGCAACAAAGAAAUCGAAUGAAGCUCUUAUAAGUCUUCGGCAAGCUUUAAAAUAUGAACCGCAUCGAUUCGAAGUUCAUCGUUGGAUUAUAGAAAUUUUAUUAAACACUGACCGGGGUAGAGAUGCUCAGAAUCAAGCAACGAAGAGUUUGAAACUCCUUGGAGAGACACCGAGAACGUUGACACUUACAGCAUCGACAUUCUUGAAGAAUCCAAUCAGUAAAGACAAAGCCAAAAUGUUACUUCAAAAGGCUCUGGAAAUCAACGAGUUUUACACCAAAGCAGUUUUCUUUCUUGCCCAAAUACUUAUCGAUGAUAAAGAACAUAAAGCUGCCAUUAAGUUACUGGAGAAGACGUCAGCUGUUGUUUCAAACAUUAAGAUUUCUUUAAUGCUCGCCGAUUUAUAUGCGAAAAGCAAAAAUCUCUCAUUGGCUUUAGAAUAUUACACAAAAGUGUUGAAUCAAGACACGACAAAUCGACAUGCAUUGAACGGAUUGAUGGCACUCGAAUCAACUAAUAAUACACUCGACAAGGCACUUGAAGUGUCGUCAACAACAUGCGGUGAAAACGACGAUUCGUCAGCUGAAGUCGAUCAAAAUGGAGAAAAUUCCAAUCGAAUGAAAGAUGACGAUGAUAUUACAAUGGAUAUUGAAAUAGGUGAAUCAAGUAAGGAAGCAUCAAAAGAAGCAAAGAAGAUGGAGGAUUCUGAUGAUGAAAAUUGUUUAAAAGAAAUUAUACAAAUUGAUGAAAUUGUUCACCAUUCGGGAAUUGAAAGUGCAAAAAUGUUGGAAUUUGAACGCCAAAUGUUUCUCGAUUGCGUGUACAAUGAUGGUUUAGUGAUAUGUGGAAAGGGAAUUUCGUAUGAGAAAGUUUUGUUAAAUCUUUUUAAAGUUUACGUCGAUCCUUCGAAUCUUGUGUUUGUUUUGAAUAGCGACGAAUAUGAAGAAAAAUAUUAUACAAAACUCCUCGACUCUCCACAUGUUCAUCAAGCAUCAAGCAACAGUAACGAACGAGAAAAAGUUUAUUUAUCUGGUGGAAUUCAAUUCAUCUCAACACAAGUUUUAGUUCUUGAUCUUUUGAAAAAUCGAGUUCCAACUGAACUUAUUACAGGAAUAUUUGUUCUUAGAGCUCAUCAAAUCAUUGAAUCAUGUCAAGAAGCAUUUGCAUUGCGACUUUAUCGACAGAAAAACAAAACGGGAUUCAUUAAAGCGUUUACAAUGUCAGCUGAAGCUUUUACUUACGGCUAUGGACAUGUUGAAAAAGUGAUGAGGAAUCUUUUCGUUCGUGAACUUUAUUUGUGGCCACGAUUUCAUGCUUUGAUUCAGAAGAACUUGAAAGCUUUCGAACCCACGUCAAUUGAGUUUCACAUUCCAAUGACACAAAAGAUGACACAAUUACAAACAAAUCUACUCGAUUUAAUGAAUUUUUUAGUGAAGGAAUUGAAGCGCAUCAAUCCAAAUGUGGAUCUUGAGGAAGUUACUGUUGAAAAUUGCAUCACGAAGAAAUUUCAAAAGAUUUUACAACUUCAACUCGACGUGAUUUGGCAUCAACUGAGUGCAAAAACAAAACUUCUCAUUGCUGAUCUUAAAGUUUUACGGAAUCUCAUGUUCACGACAAUUUACGGUGAUUCUGUGUCGCUUUUCUCAUCGCUUCGAAAGUAUCGAACAUCAGAAUAUGCAAUGUCAAACAGUGGUUGGACUCUUUUAACAGCAGCUGAACAAGUUUUUAAAAUCUCCAAGGAACGUGUCUUCAACAGCAAAGAUGAAUUUGACCCCGAACCUUGUCCAAAAUGGAAAGCUUUGAGUGAAAUUCUUCGUGUUGAGAUUCCAGCGGAUAUCAAGAAAAAUAUUAAAGAUGAUCGAAUUGACUUUGAUAAAGAGAAGCCAAUAAGAGUUCUUGUGCUUUGUAACGAAGGCAAGACAUGUCAUCAAUUAAAUCAGUAUUUAACUCAAGGUCUUGAAAGAACACUUUUCUGGACGGCAAUGAAGAAUGACGUCAGUGUACAGAAAUUAAACUCAAAAUACAAAGCAAUUCAUGGCGGUGGAAGUGGAAUUGUCGGUGAUGCUAUGAAUAUAGAAAAACUUCAAUUAUACCCUGAAAAGCCGACAACAUCCAAAACACAAAAGACUGAAAAAGUUCCGCUUGUUAUGAGUUUGUUGAAGUCGAGAAAAAGAAAGAAUGAAAGUCAUGAGGAAGCUUCAAAAGACGAAGAGUUAAAAGCUGAUGAAUUGAAUGAUUUCCAAGACGACAUAGACUGUUUUAAAGAUUCUUACAUUCUCACAAUGUCACAAAAAAUUGAUGGCAAUGAAAGUUUCUCAGCUAAUGACUUCGAUUUAACACAAGCUGAGAAUGUUGAAUUUGAAAUGUGUUCGAAUCUUUCCGAUCAACUCAAUGUCACGUCAAUUAUUGCCAACAUGCAAAAGCCGACAGUUGUCAUUCAAACAUUUCGCAGUGAUCAAUUAAAGAUGUCAUCGUUGGAUCAAACACUUCAAGAAAUGCAACCGGAAUAUAUUGUUUUGUACAAUUCAAACGUCACAGCAAUCAGACAAAUUGAGAUCUUCGAAGCGCGACUUAAAAGACAUCCGAAACGACGAUUAAAAGUUUUUGUUCUUAUGCAUUCAAAGACGGUUGAAGAACAAAACUUUCUGACAAAUCUUCGUCGUGAGAAGAAAGCUUUUGAGAUGUUGAUCGAUACGAAGCGCGUUAUGGUCGUUCCAGAGUAUCAAGAUGGUAAAACUGAUGUUAUGGAUCAUGCAAGAGAUGAAGACGGAGAAAAAGAUGAAGAAAAAGUGUCAACAAGACAAGCUGGAGGUCAAAAUGAUGUUUCAAAGAAGAAAGAACCACCGAGAAUCAUCGUCGAUAGUCGUGAAUUCCGAUCAGAAUUGCCGUGCUUAAUUCACAAACGUGGGAUUGAAGUUGUGCCUUUGAUGAUCACAAUCGGUGAUUACAUUUUAAGUCCCGAUAUUUGUGUGGAAAGGAAAUCAAUUUCAGAUUUAAUUGGAUCGUUAAAUAGCGGCCGUUUGUACAAUCAAUGUCAACAAAUGACAAGAUUCUACACAAAACCAAUUCUUCUCAUUGAGUUUGAUCAAAAUCGUCCAUUUCACUUGCAAGGACGUUAUAUGUUGUCACGAGAAACUGAGAUUAACAAUUCAGAAAUUAUGCAGAAACUUCAAUUGCUGACAAUUCAUUUUCCAAAGCUUAGGCUGGUGUGGUCGCCGUCACCAUAUGCAACAGCUCAAUUGUUUGAAGAAAUUAAACUUAAUAAAGAUCAACCAGACUCAACUGUUGCUGUUCAAGCAGGCUUAGAUGACCCGACACAGGAACUUGAAGCAAUCACUGAGAAGUACAACGCAACUGUCCACGACUUUUUGAUGAAACUUCCUGGAAUAAAUCUUAAGAACGUUCAUUCUGUGAUGAGAAAAGGAAAAAGUUUAAAAGAUUUGCUGAAGUUGAAUGAAAAUGAAUUGAGUGAGAUGAUUGGAAACUCCAAAGACGCAAAAGCUUUGCACAUUUCUCUUCACAACAAACUGAAACCAAAGCAAGAAGAUCCAAAAGGAAAAUUUAAGAAAACAUACAAAAAGUUUUGAAAAUUUCUUUUAAAAUGUCUAAAUAAAUAAAUUUUGUUGAUCAUUUUGAUUUCUUUCUUGAAACAUUUUUAAUUGCCAUUCAAUUUAACUCACUU